AAAGAAAAUAAUUAAAAAUUAAUGUAAAAAAUUGAAGGAUUAAUUUCUAGUGUGACAAAGAGCUACUGCUUAUAAGUAUAAAAUCUAGCAAUCAUACAUUCUUCUAAACUAUGAAUAACAUAGUAAUACACACAUACACACAUAUGUACACACAUAUACACACAUCUACACUGUGUUUACGGUACGCAUUAAACUUUCGCCAUUUUGUUUUGUAUCUUGUUAUGAGUGAGUUUAAGGGCAAAGCGACUGGGCCUGCUCGCCGAGCAAUUCAGUCGUUCGGUAAGCGCAAGCUAGCCGUUUUGCACUUUAAUCGCCAGCUUAAACGCAUAGUGUGAUAUUUGACAAGUGACUGGUUCAAAUUGAAAAAGCUUGAUGGAGGGGCCAACGGGAACGAAAAUUCAGAGGAAAAAACCUAGCAUGUCCAUAAAUGAUGGUACAACGCAAAACAAUGAAAAUACAUUGGAUUCGAAUACUUAUCUAUCCUACGACAUUUUGAGACUUAUCUUUCAACAUUUAGAUGCUAAGAGUCUGAUGAGCGCUGCGAUGGUUUGCACCUCUUGGUUAGAAGCUGCAAAUAAGGAAAAAUCAACAAGAUCAAAUCCUUCUUGCUUCACAAUAUGCUGUGAAGACGAAUUCAGCUAUGACUUAUAUCAUGUCCAAAAUAUAAUGAAACCAUCAGUAGGUUUCUUUUUCGUACCAGAUAUGCAUUAUAUUACAUGCAUUAUAGAAGAACUUUUUAUAAAGGCUUUGCUACCUAAACAAUGUGAAAUUAUAAUAUUAAAUAGCGAAGAUAUUAUAGAUGAAAUUAAAAAUUUUUUAAAAAUUUCAAAUAUGGUAUGUGCGUUUUUGCCACAAAUCUCGAACGUGAGGUUAAAAUUGUUCGACUUGUCAGAAUACAAUGAGAAUGAUCUCAUACAGGAAACAGUCGAAUUUGAGGAAAUAAUUAGCACAAUUAAUAAUGAAACAUCUACAUGCUUGAUGUUAUUUUAUGAUAGUUUCCUUAGUGGUAUUACAGCAAGUCAUUGUGUCUCAGCUAUACAACAAUGCAAAAAAAAUAAAGUACUUUCCAUCUGGGGUGGAAAGGUGAAGCGCAUUCAACAUGCAUUUACUGAACUACACGGUGCAUAUCCUGAACAUACACAAAUGAAACUGUUUAACAGCUUGAUUACAUGUUGUGCCGUUCUAAUUACUGGUCCUAUACAGACGUGGUCCACGAUUUUGGAAUGGAAUUGCUGUAUAAGGGAACAAGUCGAAAAGAGAUUAAAGUUAUUUAAGGACAAAGUGAAGCUAAAGAAACAUUCCGUAGGAUUUAUGUUCAGAACUCGAAGUGACAAGUACAAGUACGAUGACUCUAAUGUAGAUUCAAUAAUAUUCAAAAGAUUAUUCCCCACAGUGCCUUUAGUAGGUUGCUUGGGUGAGCACGACGAUUGUCAUGAUGAUAAAAUAUUCGUGAACCCUACUACCGUCGAUGAGAUGAAAGAAGAAAUUUUAGAGAACAAUAGAGAGGAACAAGUUUGUAACCUAUGUAAAUUUGGGUGUGAAACAUCUCAUUUCUCAAGUCAGCUUUUGAUACUUACGUAUGAUUAACGUCUUUAAAGAAGAUAUACAUAUACAUAAGACUGCCGCGAACAUAUUUUACUCGUACAUUACUAGAUUUAGGUUUUGUAUUUACCAGUCGUUUCUGUUGUUAAGGAAACACGCAAAGCAAAUAAUCGUUCGACAUUCAAAAAUGUAUAGUACAACGAACGUCGUAAGAAUAAAUCCAAAUACAGAAAUCUGUAUCUUAUUCUUAUAGAUAUAAUAUCUGCGAAUGCGUGUUUUGUACGAGUCUUAAAAUGUUUCUGAUGAAUAAGGAAACAAGUUGUACCUUAUGAUAAUAUAUUAUAUAUUCGUACUAUA